AUGGACGACGCAUCUGCUUCGGCAAUAUGUAUCGACUCAGAGGAGGAGAACGACGCCCCGAAGCAGCCGAUGGCGACGCCCUUACAUGUUUUCUGUCGGCUGGUGAUCCCGGCCCGAAGCGCAUCAAAGAGUCGGGAAAAGACCAAGGGCGUCACCGUAGGUGAUGUUUGGAUUUCCCAAAGAGCUCGGAAACGUGGAGCAGAUGAGUCUACGCCUUCAAUGGAGCUCGAGUUCUCCUUGGUGGCUUCACAGGCCGCCGAGGUCAAAGCAGAGAACAGAACGGCAAUAGUGCCGAGCAGCGUCAUUUCACAAAUGGCGGUUCGAUCUGAGGGGCGCAUGAUUGCAUUGAAACUGCACGAGCCAAUCGGCUAUGGCUUCUUUACCGAAGUGGCGCAGGGUAGGCUGCCCUCGGAGUUUACGUUGGUGCCGCACCGGAACGAGGUCCACAACGUGCUCGCAGCUCUGCGGUGGUGGAUGCCGCACGUCGUCGUUUCAGGCAAUGUUCCAAUGCAGCUUGGUGGCGAAGGCAUCGUCCUCCGUCUGGACGGCUUGACACUUACGGGCCGGGAUCUGAUGCUGCUGGAAGACGAGCAGUGUCUGAACGACUCGGUGCUAGACUUCUUUCUCCGGCUCGCCAUGGACGUCAUAGCACCUGACCAGACAAAAGCUGAGCUGUACUUAGCCAGCACCUUCUUCUUCCAGAAGUUGACCUCGGGUGGUGUUGAAAACGGCGAGCAAGGAUGGAACAACGUCCGACGCUGGACGAGGUCGCUUCCCGGAGGCUUGUUAGGGCAGAAGUAUGUGGUCCUGCCCAUCAACGAGCUGAACAUUCACUGGUGGCUUGCCAUCAUUUGCAAUGCUCGGCAAGGUUUCGAUGACUCGGUCCAAGAAGAGUCCAUGGAUGAGAUGCCGCGGAUCGUUUGCUUGGAUUCGGCUGUCGAAGCACCACUUAAAGGCAGGACCGUAGCCUUCCUUCGAGGAUACUUGUGGAAAGAGUGGUGCGAGCGUCAUGGUGGUGCGGACAGCCUCGCCGAUGCUGCGGAGUGGUCUCGCAAGAUUGAAAAGGUCACCGGACGGCUGAAAGCCUUGGAGGCGGAUGUCCCAAAGCAGGCGAACAGCUUUGACUGCGGUAUCUUCUUGAUUGAGACUCCAAUCCAGAUCAGAGCCUUACAAGAAGUGCAAACGCUCCGGGAGCUGGACUUCCGCUUCUCCGACGACUUGCAGCCCUACACCCUUGUAAGCCAGUUGGCCAAGAGUCUUCAGGAGUACCCGCCGGAGCAGGUGCUGUCUGCCCCUUAUCGGAUACCGGAGAUGGACACAGACAGGAUCCAACGCUUUCUGGGAAAUCUAAAGGUCGAGGGUGCUCGGGUCGAACUGGUCGCCAAGAAGCUGGAAGGGCGCUGCAGUUCAGAGGAUCCCUGGUACGGCGGCAAGUUCCUGCGAACCGACUUGGAGGAAGACUGGACUCGAGCUUGGGCUGCGGCUGAGGACGCGACGGUGGCGAUGCAGAAGGCAAGCUCAUUCGGGUUAUCUCUGCCACCCGUCAAUGUCUUCGUGCCCGAAGACCUCACGAUUAAGACUGCAAGGGCGCCGGAGCUUCCUACGGAGUUGCCGACCUCCGACGGCUUCAUUUGCAAGGCCUUCUACCGCCCCGACGACCAUUUCUUGCAGCCAAAGUCCAUCGCAACCUUCCGAUUCCACCGGCCGAGAUCGUUGCAGGACUCAGCGAGCAACUCGGGCGCGGUGUGGUGCGCGUGCAUCGCGGAGGAGCUAAACGAGUAUGCCUACGACGCAGUGCCUUUGCCUGCAGAAGCCGCGGUUCAGAGUUCUGCACUGCACUGUGCAUUGCAUAUCAGGAUCUGGAGCCUGGCAAGUCAUAUGGAUCUCGUAAACCGGAGCCCAACCCUAAACUGUAAACCCGAAAUCCGAAUCCCGAUUUCUUGA